GUGAUUCCUGCAUUCUGCUAGAGAAUAGAGAUACAAAAAACUUAAAAACAGAAAAUGGAAGCUUCAAUGAAAAACAUCUGCCUGUUGGGUUUUGUUGUGGCUCUUGUGAUUGCUGGUUUUGGUGAAGUAAACGGAGCAGGUGAGUGUGGGAGAGCAAACCCUGAUAUGGAAGCUUUCAAGCUCGCACCAUGUGCAUCAGCUGCACAAGAUGAGAACGCGUCUGUUUCUUCCAGUUGCUGUGCUCAGGUGAAGAAGCUAGGGCAAAACCCUAAAUGCCUCUGCGCAGUUAUGCUGUCUAAUACUGCCAAAAGUUCAGGAAUCAAACCUGAAAUUGCCAUGACCAUUCCAAAACGAUGCAAUAUUGCUGAUCGUCCUGUUGGUUAUCAAUGUGGAGCUUAUACGUUGCCUUGAAAGCUUGAAGAAUGAAGCUACUGGUUUUCAUGGAAGUUAAUGUGAUGUUUGAAAUGAAAGAUGUACCAGUGAGUUUGAAGUGUGUGUCUUGGCUAGUCCUUUGUAGCUAAGGGUUUCUGCUCAUGUGUUUAGUAAAUAAAUUACUGGUAGUUUGAUUGUGAUUUGAAUAACUUCCAUGUUCUUGUUUUUCUUUUUCUUGUGUUGACCUUUUAUUUGGUCAACAGUUGUGUAACUUAAAAAGGCAAUGCAAUUUGGUAUUUUGAUUA